CGUGGCACGUCCGUGUGAGAUGUAGAAAGGAGUGGGGGGAGGAAGGUGGAGAAGACUGAGCAGAAGCCAGAGCAUGUUCUCGAUGCAACAGUUCCCUGCCCUGCCUCCGGAAGAAGAGCGUUACCGCCAGGUCCUCUCCACUGACCGGGUCCUAGGAACAGAUGAAGAUAACAUGGGGGAUGGUUGCUCUCAGAAGCUGGCUUCUGCCAAAUACCUUCGACUUUUGCUACUAAUACUGAUUCCAUGCAUCUGUGCUCUCAUCCUCCUAUUGGUGUUCCUGCUUACCUUUGUAGGUAUAUUAGAAAAAACAUGUUUUUAUUCAAAUGGGAGUGACCUUCUAGCUGCUGGUGGUAACAUUCGAACAUCUGACAUUCCUUUUCCAAGUAUUGUUGAAAAUGGUUCGAAUGUGGUUCCCACAGUGGAUCUCAAAGUGCUGCCAUCAUCCUGGACCCAAAGCCCUUUAUCCCAUAUUGACCAAAUGCAUGAAAACUUAAGUAUGUUUAGGCAGGCCUUACAGGAAGAUUCCUUGGCUCCUAUUACACCAGCCCCACCAUUCAACACCACUACUGCAGAUGUUGGUAUUUUGACCAGCGCCCCUGAAGACCAUACGUGGUCAUUUGCCGCUACAGAGGAGAAAACUCUUUGGUCCACAGACACAUCCAUCAAGAUCACAGACAGGAUAUCCUCUCUACCUACAUUAAGUUCUAUCCAUCCAGCUGCUGUACAAGAAAUGAAUCUGAAAAAAAGUGCCUGCAUAAAUAUCACGUACAGCCAGUGCCAAAUGCUGCCAUAUAACCACACCACUCUAACAUCAGUUCUUUCCAUUGUCAAAAGCAUUGAAAUGGAAAAGUUCCUCAAGUUCUUCAGUUAUCUCAACCGCCUCAGCUGCUAUCAACACAUCCUGCUGUUCGGCUGUAGCCUUGCUCUUCCUGAGUGCAUCAGUGAUGGUGAUGACAGUCGAGGACUCCUGCCCUGUAGAUCAUUUUGUGAGGCAGCAAAGGAAGGUUGUGAACCAGUUCUGGGGAUGGUGAAUUCUUCGUGGCCUGAGUUCCUCAGAUGCUCCCAGUUUCAAAACAGAACUGAAAAUGACAAUACCACGAGGGUCUGCUUCUCGCCAUGGCAAGAGAGAGGAAAACAACUGCUGUGUGGAGGAGACGAGAGCUUCUUAUGUGCCAGUGGAAUCUGCAUCCCUGGGAAACUACAAUGUAAUGGCUACAAUGACUGUGAUGACUGGAGCGAUGAGGCACAUUGCAACUGCAGUGAUGAUGUGUUCCGCUGUACUACUGGAAAAUGCCUCAAUUACACCUUUGUUUGUGAUGGAUAUGAUGAUUGUGGAGACCUGAGUGAUGAACAAAACUGUGAUUGCAAUCCAUUGAAGCAACAUCGAUGUGGAGAUGGAAGAUGUAUAACGGUAGACUGGGUAUGUGAUGGUGACCAUGAUUGUAUAGACAAGUCAGAUGAAGUCAAUUGCUCAUGUUACAGUCAGGGUCUGGUGGAGUGCAGAAACGGACAGUGCAUUCCCAGUGCUUUCCAGUGUGAUGGGGAUAAUGACUGUAAAGAUGGAAGUGAUGAAGAUAAUUGCAGUGAAAAUAAGGGUCAAACACCAUGUCAGGGAGGGGACCAGAGAUGUAUUGAUGCUUCCUGCCCUGAUUCUUGUGGCACCUCUUCUCUCUGUGACAUGAACAAUAACCAGACAAACUGUAGUCAGUGUGAACCAAUUACUUUGGAACUCUGCAUGAACCUGCCUUACAACUAUACAAACUACCCAAACUACUUGGGCCAUAGGACUCAGAAGGAAGCCUCCAUCAGCUGGGAAUCUUCCCUUUUUCCAGCCUUGGUUCAGACUAACUGCUACAAGUACCUUAUGUUUUUUGCCUGUACAAUCUUGGUGCCAAAAUGUGACCCUCAAACGAAUCAGCGUAUCCCACCCUGCAGGACGCUGUGUGAGCAUUCCAAAGACCGUUGUGAAUCUGUGCUUGGAAUUGUGGGCCUGCAGUGGCCAGAAGACACAGACUGCACUCAGUUCCCAGAAGAAAACUCAGACAACCGAACCUGCCUAACACCUGAUGAGGAUGUGGAAGAGUGCUCACCCAGUCACUUCAAGUGCCGUUCUGGAAGGUGUGUCUUGGCCUCCAGAAGAUGUGAUGGCCAGGCUGACUGUGAAGAUGAUAGUGACGAGGACAACUGUGGUUGUAAGGAAAGGGGUCUUUGGGAAUGUCCAUCGAACAAGCUGUGUAUCCAGCACGCCAUGAUCUGUGACGGCUUUCCAGAUUGUCCUGACAAGGUGGAUGAAAAGAACUGCUCAUUUUGCAAGGCGGAUGAGCUUGAAUGUGCCAGUCAUGAUUGUGUGCCACGUGAGCUGUGGUGCGAUGGGCAGCUAGACUGUAUGGACAACUCAGAUGAAUGGAACUGUGUGAUCCUGUCUAAAAACGCAAGCUCUUUGGCAUUACUGACUAUUCACAGGUCAGCUACUGACUACCAUGUUUGUGCUGAUGAGUGGCAAGAAAAGUUAAGCCAACUGGCCUGCAAUCAAAUGGGUUUAGGGGGGCCAUCUGCAACAAAAAUUGUACAAGAAAAUGAGCAACUACACCAUCAAAAGUGGCUGAAUCUGCCCUCUGACUGGAAGAAUAAAAAUGCAUCCACGUUACCUGCCCUUCUAGUGAAAGGGCAGUCAUGUCAAAGCAGAAGUAAAGUGUCCCUUCUCUGUAGCAAAAAAGAUUGUGGCCGUCGCCCUGCAGCUCGCAUGAGCAAGAGGAUCCUUGGCGGCAGGACUAGUCGUCCAGGACGGUGGCCGUGGCAGUGCUCUCUACAGAGUGAACCAAGUGGGCACAUAUGUGGCUGUGUUUUGAUUGCAAACAAAUGGGUUUUGACGGUAGCACACUGCUUUGAGGGGAGAGAAAAUGCUGCAGUCUGGAAAGUGGUGUUUGGUAUAAACAAUCUGGAUCAUCCAUCAAUCUUCAUGCAGACCCGACUGGUGAAGACGAUUAUCUUGCAUCCACGCUAUAACAGAGCAGUAGUUGACUAUGAUAUCAGCAUUGUAGAACUAAAUGAAGAUAUCGACGAGACAAGUUAUGUAAGGCCAGUCUGCUUACCCAGCAGGGAGCAGUUGGUUGAGGCAGAUACCUACUGCUACAUCACAGGCUGGGGACACAUGGGCAACAAAAUGCCUUUUAAACUUCAAGAAGGAGAAGUUCGUAUUAUUUCCCUAGAACAAUGCCAGUCAUAUUUUGACAUGAAGACCAUCACCAACAGGAUGUUAUGUGCAGGCUAUGAGUCUGGCACUGUGGACUCCUGCAUGGUUGUGUUUUUCUGUCUCCCAUUACAGGGCGACAGUGGCGGACCUCUUGUCUGUGAGCAGCCUGCAGGACGCUGGACAUUGUUUGGUUUAACCUCGUGGGGCUCUGUCUGCUUUUCCAAAGUUUUGGGACCUGGAGUUUAUAGCAAUGUGUCACACUUCAUUGAAUGGAUUGAAAGACAAAUAUACAUUCACACCUUUCUACUAAACUAAUGCCAGAAGGGUAGUGUUGUGCUGGCAUACAAGAGGCAAAAAUCAUUGGCCUUUGAAGAUUACACAACCAAGAAACUUAAGAGAAAGUUACAAGCCCUGUGUUGUUGGAGAGGUAUGGAAAACGCAGCAAAAAUAAAUUGAUUAAACUGUCUGCCCCUGAAGGUACAUUGGGGCAGAACACGAUUUUUGCAAUCCUUUUUGACUUUUCCUUUAGCUCCAUUGUGUGCAUUCUAAGCACAACCCAAGGCUUAAAGGAAGAAUCAGCUGAUUUUCUGCCUUUCAGAUAUUUAAAUUAAGCUGUAGCACAGACUUAGUAAAACU